AUGGGAAAAAUUAUAAUCGAAUACCUUGAAGGCAAGAAAAUUUAUGCAUGUAAGAAAUGCAAUGUUCAUCUUUCAAACUAAGAUUACUUGACUUCUAAAGUAAUACCUUGAGUUAAGUUUUAGCAAUUUACAGGAAAGUCAGGAACUGCAUUUCUAUUUGAAAAAGGGUAAAAAUUUAUAAUAAUAAUAAAAGUGUAAACUAUUUAACAGGAAAACCAGAAGAAAAAAAAUUAAGAACUGGUUUACAUACAACAUAAGACUUAAUGUGCAUUAAAUGUUAAACUUAUCUUGGAUGGAAAUAUGUAAAGUCAUAAAAUACUAUAUUAAAGCUUCAUGCUUAUGAGUAAUCUGAAAAAUAUAAGGAAGGUAAAAUCAUUUUAGAAAAAUUAUUUUUAACUAAAAUUAAAUGGAAUUGA